AACAUUUGGCAGAAUAAUAAAUAUCAUCGUGUAAGGCUGUCAGAUUAACCAGCAUCUCGUGAUGAUGGAGAAGAUUGUAAAAGAUGUUGGUGACAUUCAGUCCAGACUGAUUGAUCACAGGCCGGUCUUGCAGGGAGAAAUUAGAUUCUUCAUCAGGGAGUUUGAGGAGAAGCGUGCUUUCAGAGAAUGCCGUCUGCUUGAAAAUCUGAAUAAGAUGACAUCAGACACAAAUGAACAUGAUCUGCCGCGGUGCACUGAGAGUAUGCAUGAGAAACUAUGCGACGCUCUCACACGACGUAAGUCUCAUCAUUUACAGUAA